UUCAGGAGGCUCUCUGAGAAGAGAGAGGCAGCAAGGCUUCUUAGAUGGAUCGAAGCGCCAUGAGCUGGGAUACCAAGUUCUAUGAAAAGUGGUAUGUGUGCAACAGAGAGAAAUUAUGCGAAUCACUCCAGGCUGUCUUUGUUCAGAGUUACCUUGAUCAAGGAACACAGAUCUUCUUAAACAACAGCAUUGAGAAAUCGGGCUGGCUAUUUAUCCAAUUGUAUCACUCUUUUGUGUCAUCUGUUUUUAGCCUCUUUAUGUCUAGAACAUCUAUCAAUGGGUUGCUAGGAAGAGGCUCAAUGUUUGUGUUUUCACCGGAUCAGUUUCAGAGACUGCUUAAAAUUAAUCCAGACUGGAAAACCCAUAGACUUCUGGAUUUAGGUGCUGGAGAUGGAGAAGUCACAAAAAUCAUGAGCCCUCAUUUCGAAGAAAUUUAUGCCACUGAGCUGUCUGAAACUAUGAUAUGGCAGCUUCAGAAAAAGAAAUACAGAGUGCUUGGUAUAAAUGAAUGGCAGAAUACGGGGUUCCAGUACGAUGUCAUCAGCUGCUUGAAUUUGUUGGACCGCUGCGACCAGCCCCUGACUUUGUUAAAAGAUAUCAGAAGUGUCUUGGAGCCAACCAGAGGCAGGGUCAUCCUUGCCCUGGUCUUACCCUUUCAUCCCUAUGUGGAAAACGUAGGUGGCAAGUGGGAGAAACCAUCAGAAAUUUUGGAGAUCAAGGGACAGAAUUGGGAAGAACAAGUGAAUAGUCUGCCUGAAGUUUUCAGAAAAGCUGGUUUUGUUAUUGAAGCUUUCACCAGACUGCCAUACCUGUGUGAAGGUGACAUGUACAAUGACUACUAUGUUCUGGAUGACGCUGUCUUUGUUCUCAAACCCGUAUAAAUGUGGAGGCCGGAGUCUUCAGUCCACCCGAGGAUGCCACCCUGCAGGGUCUGCAUUUGCAGCUGCGUGAAGGGAGGGCCUUUGGGUACCGCCAUUCUAAAGUAUCAUGUAGGAAUUUAAAAAGCCAAAAUACUAAUUAUUUCUUUGUAGUGUGUAAAAGGAAUGUUUUUAAAAAGCAAAACCCCAACUCUUUGAGGAUUUUUAUCAACUCUUUACUCAAUAAUGCAGGUCACAUUCCAAUUAUGGAAGAUAUUUUUUAUACUUAAUUGCAGUAGGGACUCAUUCCCAGUCAAAGCAAUAGUCCUGGCUUCACAUGGAACCAAUAAAUAUGGAUUGUUUUUAAUAAAAGGAAGACUGAUAAUGAAGCUCUGUUCAGUUGCAAAUGCUGGUUAUAAGGUAUAGCCAUUGAUCCUCUUUCAUGUUUAGAAAUUCUUUCUGUCAUUAUUCAAGAAAAUGUUUUUAAUCAUGCUAAUAAACUUUUUUGAAGAUGAUUUUGGCAUCAUGCUUGAGUUAAUACAGGCCUGCCCUGGCAUCUUUUAUUGCUUUGAUUUCAGGGGUACUCAAAUAACAUGUGAGAGACUUGAGUAUGCGGUGACGGGACACAGCAGACUGGGGUGGGGAGAAAUAUUGCAAGUUUCCGUGCCCUGCGAGCAGUCUAGAUUAACUCUCAAAGCGACCACCUCUUUCAGAUAGUUCAGGACCACCCCCGCUCCCCGGUUCAUGUUGCUUUGGGAAAUGCAAAAACACGUUCCAAUUUCGUGAUGGCUGAAGCCCACACUCAGAUUUUUGUUUCUCUGGGCUAUCUCAGGUUCUCAGAAUUGAAACAUGCAGUUGUGUCUGCUGACAGAAUGCAACCGAAAGAUGUCUUAUUCAAGUUUUUACUCUACACUUGUACACCUCUUUCCAGGACUUAGUUCUUGAAAUCCUUAGACGAAUUUAGUAUUUGUGAAGAAUAUGUUACGAUGUCCAUGUCAGACUCCUGCAUUCUAGAACCAUUGAGUGCCUCCAGCCAUGUACCCAGAAAUGUUGCACUAGAGGAACUCAUUAAGAUCAAUAAUCAUUGUGGAUAUUUCCAAGAGUAGAGCUCUUAACCCAGAAUCUAAAAUCUCAGUACUGACAGAGGAUGCCAAUUUGAGAUUGUGGUUAUUAACAAUGUUAUUCUCACAACUUUAUUUCUUUAUUCAAGCAGAUAUUUCAUUAAACAUUCUCAUUUAUAUAU